AUCUGUGUAGCCCCAGCAGUGCCACCUGUCAGUGUCCAUCAGUGCCAGCUCUCGGUGCUCAUCCAUGCAACCUGCCAGUGCCCAUCAAUGCCACAUAUCAGUGCCAAUCUGAGAUGCCUUUCAGUGCCACCCAUCAGUGCCAGUCAGUGCCACCUAUCAAUGCCAGUCAGUGGCACCUAUCAGUGCUGCCAAUCAGUGCCAGUCAGUGCCGCCUAUCAGUGCCAGCCAGUGCCGCCUAUCAGUGUGCAUCAGUGCUGCCUAUCAGUGCCCGUCAGUGCUGCCUAUCAGUGCCGCCUAACAGUG